GUAGCCCAUCGCCAGGCGAGCUGGAAGGUGGGAAGGCAGAGGACCGGCUCCGAGGGAGGUUAUAAAAGGCAGGAACGGGUCGCUGAGCAAAGGGGAGGGCGAAAGGUACCUGCCGCCUCCGAGCAGCCCCACCGGGACUCGGAGACGCUCCUUCACACGAAGCCCAGAGGAUUUUAUCCCCGACGGCAGAAGGAGCCCAGCAGGAGUGGGGACCGCUGCCAACCAUGCCCCGGAGAGCUGGGCACAGUGGGAGUUAAGGAUGGUGCCCAGCCUGCGUCCUGCCCUCCUCCUCCUCCUGCAGGCAUUUCUCCUCUGGGAUAGCCCAGUUGCAGCCUCCAUCCAAGAGCAAUACUGCGAGAGCCUGCCGCCUGUCACCAACCACACGGGUCCCCAGUGCAACGCCUCGGUAGACCUGAUCGGCACGUGUUGGCCCCGGAGUGCGGUGGGACAGCUGGUAGCUCGCCCCUGCCCCGAAUAUUUUUAUGGCGUGCGGUACAACACCACGAAUAAUGGCUACAGGGAAUGCCUCGCUAACGGGAGCUGGGCAGCACGGGUCAACUAUUCCCAGUGCCAGGAGAUCCUCAGUGAAGAGAAGAAGAGCAAGCUGCACUACCACAUCGCCGUCAUCAUCAACUACCUGGGGCACUGUGUCUCGCUGGGGGCCCUCCUGGUGGCCUUCGUCCUCUUCAUGCGCCUGCGGAGCAUCCGGUGCCUGAGGAACAUCAUCCACUGGAACCUGAUCGCAGCCUUCAUCCUACGCAAUGCCACGUGGUUCGUGGUGCAGCUCACGAUGAACCCAGAGGUGCACGAGAGCAACGUGGUCUGGUGCCGCUUGGUCACUGCCGCCUACAAUUACUUCCACGUCACCAACUUUUUCUGGAUGUUCGGCGAGGGCUGCUACCUGCACACAGCCAUCGUGCUCACCUACUCCACGGAUAAGCUCCGCAAGUGGAUGUUCAUCUGCAUUGGCUGGUGUAUCCCCUUUCCCAUCAUCGUCGCCUGGGCCAUCGGGAAGCUGUACUACGACAACGAGAAGUGUUGGUUUGGGAAGCGAGCGGGAGUUUACACCGACUACAUUUACCAAGGCCCCAUGAUCCUGGUGCUUCUGAUCAACUUCAUCUUCCUGUUCAACAUCGUCCGAAUCCUCAUGACGAAGCUCCGAGCUUCAACCACGUCGGAGACAAUCCAGUACAGGAAAGCAGUCAAGGCCACGCUGGUGCUGCUGCCCUUGCUGGGAAUCACCUACAUGCUGUUCUUUGUCAACCCAGGGGAGGAUGAGAUCUCCAGGAUCGUCUUCAUAUACUUCAACUCCUUUCUGGAGUCCUUCCAGGGCUUCUUCGUCUCUGUCUUCUACUGCUUCCUGAACAGCGAGGUCCGAUCAGCUGUACGGAAGCGAUGGCACCGAUGGCAGGACAAGCACUCCAUCCGUGCCCGUGUGGCUCGGGCCAUGUCCAUCCCCACCUCCCCGACCCGCGUCAGCUUCCACAGCAUCAAGCAGUCCACGGCUGUCUGAGCCGGGAGCGAGCUGCUGUACGGGAUGGGGGAGCCAGCGUCCCCUCUGCGUGGGACCCCUGACAUGGCACAGCACGGGAGCCAGGUCUUGCCUGCACCCACCAGUCUGGCAGAAGGCGCACAAACUCGCUGCAGCUAUAGGAAACCCUACAGAAGCUCCUGUCCCGCUUGCUGGGGCAGAUCUGUAGGAUAGGACAGCUGAGAUGCUGCUUUGUCAUCUCCCUGGCAGCAGCGUGACCUGCUGGGGUGGCAGAAGGAGCCGGAGGAGCCCACAGAGGUUGCAGCAGUCUCCCUGCCUGCCUCCAUCCUGGGCAUGAUGUCCCAUGUCCCAUCGCUGCCUCUCUCGAGUUUGUCACUGCUUUGAGGUGACAGGACAGCAGGAUGUUGCUGGGAUAGCUUGUGGGGCUAAUCCCUUGGGAAGCUGGGUCAGCCUUCCAGUGACUGCAUGCUGGGAUGUUGCUGGGGGGCGACCAAAACUCUCUGGGGGAGCCAAAGCCCUCUGGGUUGACAGGGGAUAGAUGGAGAGCCCUGCGCUGAUUGCAGACCUUGCUUUAUGCGGCUGUGGUUUUGUACCACUGGGGUUAUUUGAGCCCUUCCCCUGCCCCUUGCUAGGUCCCUGGGACGUUCUGUAACUGCUGCUUGGUCUGACCAGGUCAUUUCUCAUCUCGACACUGAGGAUGUGAGGCAGAGCAAUGGGGUGGAAGAGGAGAGGGAACCAUGCAGGGAACGGGGAUGGGUCCCAGGUCCUCUGAACAGCCACACGGAGGGGCCUUGGUCUGAAGGGAGGCAUGAGGUUUAGUUAAUCCUGUGGUCCAGCCCAGCCCAGAUGGGUCUACAGGUCUUUACAAAGCCCCUGGACCUCAGGCUGACUCUGUGCCCCUGCUCGGGGGGUGGAAAGGCAAGGGAGCUCCCCGAAGGCAGCUACUGUGGGGACAUGCUGUGGCUUUGCUCUCCUCCUCCCUGCCCUACUUUAACCCAUGCGGGGGGGCUCAGUGCCAAAGCUGCUCCUUGCUGUUAUGCAGGGGACGGGGCCAAAUCAUUCCCACGCUGGGGUUAAGUGCCUUGGAGGAGUGGCAGCCUCCUUCCCCAUGCUGGGGACCUCAGAUCGUGCAGCUGCCAAGUCCCUGAUCCGACCCCAAUGCCCUGUUUUAUGUGGUCACCGAAAGCAGCUGAGCAGAGAGGUCCAUGCAAGGUGGAGGAUUUUGCCCUGACCUCCUCGGAGCCACGGUUUCCCUGUCCCAUGUGAGGUUUGGGGUUGCUCAGGCAAGGGGGGAUGCCAGAGGGGUUAUGGGCUGAGUCUGCUCUCUGCAUCCCAGGGAUUUUGGCACUGGGGCCAUACAGGGUCUGGUAUGAGUCCCUUCACACUUCUGUGCCUCAGUUUCCCUGCUACAAAGAACAGUCAUAAGUAUUUCCUGCCCUGGGGAGGUUUAAGCAUCUUUGAAAUUGUACUACUCUGUGAUUUCCUCAGGAUACACCACCAGAAAGGAAUAAAAUCUUUCUUUUUUUUGCUUUAAAGGGAGGCAUAGGCAAAAACCUCCAGGUUCUUUCUAUAAAUAUUUGAGAAGUUCAGUAGUUUGAAGCAAAUUCCUCCCAUUUCCCUCCCACUGAGAUUUCCUACCUACAUGACUACUGUGCAGCCAAAACCAGAAAUACCCCAUUGCCUCCCAUAACGUGCUGGGAGCAGCAACAGCUCCCAGUAUGAUGGAGUGACAAGGACCAUACCCGGCACGUGGGGCAAGUUUUGGUCCUUGUACAAGCUCGUCCAUCACCAACAGUCCCAGAAACUGCCUCUUAUCCAAUAUACGGGUGAGAAAAAGACCCCCAGAGUUAUGCAAUGGGAAAAGUGGCAGCUCCCAGCUUUACAGACGCUUUCUGCUGAUGUCCUAAAAGGAACAGACUUGUGUGUCCCCACCGUGGGUCAGUUUGAUUUCUCUGCCAGGUGCUUUGGCAGGAGCUAAUAAAGAUCUGGUGGCUACAGAGAAGGGGAAAUGCCCCAGGGAGCUUUUUUCAUCAUACAUACAAGUGAUGUUACCAAAAGGUGAUGUGCUACGUGUUCAAUUUGGAUUUUUCUAAAGCGGGCUCAUUUUUGGUGGAAAAGAAGCUGGAAAUUGAAAAACCAAAGAAAGAAACCCAAACAGAAGCAUCUGUAUUCACAUCACUUUUUUUUUCCUUCUCCUCUUGGCGGUCUGCUCCGACUGACAUGACUUUGCUUUCCGUAGCUGGAGAAGUGUGUGUAUUCUCAGCCUUGUUUGAUUAAAAUUACUUCAAUUCCUCA